AUUUUCUUUACUUCAUUUCAAUAGGCAUAAAAUGUUAAAAUAUGUCUCAAAUCUCUCAUUAACCCUUUAUAGAUAUUCCACCCAAUUGAGCUCUUAGCCGGGAAAUAAACAAGGAUAGGGACUUAUAUAAGAAACUUGGAAAGAAGUUGAUAUAUUUUCAAGUAUUUUACCCUCUUUUUAUUGCAGAGUGAUUAAAUAUCAAAUGAAUGAACACAUAAACAUGCAAAAAGCCAUGAAAUUGCAUACCAACGUUAGACAAAUUUAUUUAAUCUGUCAAUCGAAGUCAGUUUUUGACGUCACCGGAACCUAAUUGUUGCCUAUUAUACUUACAAGAGGGAGUGAUAUUGCAGUAAGUUCAUCUUGCUGAAACUUCUCCUUUUUCUGACAGGUAUCUGUUGGCUACUUUCUGGUUGACCUUGGGAUGAUCAUUUGGUUUUACCCUUUUCUGGGUGGAGUGGAGUAUGUCCUUCACCAUCUUCUGUCGGUAGCAGCUGUAGCAUACUCUAUGUUGACAGGGGAAGGUCAGCUUUAUACGUUCAUGGUACUCAUCUCCGAGACUACAACCCCUGGGAUCAACUUGAGAUGGUAUCUCGACACAGCUGGAAUGAAGAGAUCCAAAGCUUACUUGAUUAAUGGAGUCGUAAUUUUUGUAACUUGGCUGGUUGCAAGAAUAAUCCUGUUUGUGCAUCUAUUUUACCACAUCUACUUGCACUACGAUCAGGUUAAGCAGAUGAACACCUACGGACGAGUAUUAAUCAUCAUUGUGCCGGUGGUCCUAUCAGUUAUGAACCUAAUGUGGUUCGGAAAGAUAUACAAGGGAAUGAGGAAGACAUUAGCAAAGAGGCAGUGAAAUGUGUAUGCCGGAACCGACACUGGUAAGUGAUAUUCGACAAAGAAAUCCUUCCUUUAUAGGUGUAAUUAUUGUCAUGUGCAUCCCCUGUUCCACUUUGUUUAUGUGUAAAUGGUGCAAAUAGUGGAGGUAAAAAGCUUGGAACUGUAAUGGCUUCUGGUUUCAAUGUAAAAA